AUGGCCGACUUUGCCGUGCAACCGCUGCGAGACGUCGCCACAAAGCUGGAGUCCUCAAAGCUGGAAAAGGUCUGGAUACUUGCAGAUCGCAGCGACUUUGAGAGCCCCUAUGUGUAUUACUGCCCCAUCCCUGAAAAAGGGGAUGAGCAGCGGUCGCUGGGUCUUAAAGUGCUGUUCGCGCGCGCCGCAACGAUUGCUGCUGCCAUCGUGGGCACGUCAACGCUCCGAGUCGUGUGCGAAGAAGAGGACACAUUGACCUCGCUUCUUGCACUAUUUGCCGAACAUCCUGCGCUGGCAGAAAACCUGGCUCAGUUCGGGCCGCUUCAAAUUGCUAGAGAAGAUAACACGGAUAAGAUUGGAGAGUUGCUCCAACUUCCGUUCGGAACACGAAGCGUUCCCGCACCGAUCUCCCAUCACCUGGCCGCGGAGCAACAGGUCUUCGUUGGAGUGGACUACGGUCGCUCAGACAUCAAAGUUGCUGUGCUGGAUAUUACAGGGCAGUUGAUCGGCAAGUAUGUGACGCGAUGGUGGAUGACAGCCGAGUCUGGAGAGGUGACGUACGUAGAUCCCCAAGUUCUGACAUGCCACAAGAUGCACAUCAACAACCUCGCGGAAGCUGCAAUGGCAGCUCUAGCUGAGGUACCCAGCUGCGACACAAAGUAUGUAUGUGGAUUGGGUCUGAGUGCUGCUGGUUGCGUCAAGAACGGGAAGCUGUGCGGCAUCCCCCCUGCCAUGGAUGGUGUGAAUCACGAGGCAGCCGAGCAGGACUUGCAAGUGUUGGAGAAGAAGGUCUUGAGCAGCAUCCACGAGCGCUGUGCAGUCGAUAAAGAUUGCGUGACUGCCCUGGUAAAUGAUGGCGAGGCUUCAGCCCUUUAUGGAGCUGAUGGGCUAGCGCAAGGUCGAGUUGGACUGUUUCUGUCAUGCGGAACAGGACUUGCUGGAGGCAUUGUUUGGAACGGCCAGUGCAGUGAGGGCGUACUGGAACUGGGAAAGCUCGUCAUGGGCCUUCGGAACUCCGAAAGUGGCAUGGUGCCUGUCCACGACAGCCUUCGGGUCGAGGCCGCCGCCCAGGGCAUGGCGGGAACCCAGCGCUCCUUCUUUAACCUUCUGGCAGCCCGGGGCGGGGAAGUCAUCACCGGCAAAGCUGAGCAAAGAGCUGCAUUGGUGGCAAUGCAGAAGAACGACGUUGACGAGUCCUCUCGAGGUGUGUUUGAGUCCCUCGGGAAAUGGCUGGCUCGUUUCGUGCUGGAGCUCAACCAUUACCUGCCGGCCCCGGUGGACUACGUUGAGGCCGGCGGCAAGGUGACCGAUGGGCCCACCGGGCGGAUCAUGCUCGAUGCCUGCCAAGCGGAGCUUUGGGCACAGGGCGCCACAGCAGAGGUUUGCAAGGCUGCGGACAGUGAGUUCGGGCAGGUCGUAUCGGCAGAUGUAGCUGCCACACGUUUGGACUCCGAUUCGGUUGCUGGGCUCGAGUUUGUCAGCCACCCCGACAGCCAAGAGCACGAAAGGGCACGCCACUUCCCGAGCGAGCGAGCUGCACAAAACUGCCGGUGGCUCAGCAAGCGUGGGCACGACUGGACAAAAGAUCUAUAA